AUGCCUUCGACAACAACCCAAGAACUAUCAUCCCCUGUAGCAGCGAAAACUGCUUAUUCGAAAAUCCCCGAGUCGAAGGAAGAGCUUGACUGGGUGGAUCUUGCCAUUGUAGAUCUUUCCCUAUUCGAUACCCCUGGAGGGAAACAGAAGCUCGCCGCUCAACUUUAUGAUGCCCUGAAAAAUAUCGGCUUCAUCUACGUAAUCAACUUCGGCCUUAGCCAAGAAGAAAUAGACACCCACUACGACAUUGCUCGAGAACUUUUCGACUCGCCCCUCUCAGAAAAAAAAAAGUUCCGUGCAGACCUUGAAAAGGGGGAGUAUUUCGGGUACAAACCAUUCGGGCUCCGAGAAGUGAAGCCUGGGGUUCCUGAGAAUACAGAAGUUUACAAUAUCCCGUCUGUCGGACAGCAAAUUGAGCGCCCUCACCCUGCAGUGCUCACCAAAAACUGGGCUGCAAUCGAGAAAUUCAGCUCUCAUAUCCGGGAUGAGAUCGUAGCGAAGCUAUUCCAGCUUUUUGCUAUCGUAUUGGAGUUACCCGAGGAUUAUUUCCUCGAUUUUCAUAGGAAUGAUGAAGUUAAUUCGAGCUAUUUGCGGUAUAUGAAAUACCAUGCCCGGACGCCAGAGCAGAAUGCAGCGUUGGAUAAUAUUUGGUUGAAAGGACAUACUGAUUUUGGGUCUUUGACGCUGUUGUUUCGGCAGCCGAUUGCGGCACUGCAGGUGAGGACGCCGAGUAGGGAGUGGAGGUAUGUCAAGCCUUAUCCGGAGUCGUUGACUGUGAAUGUUGCGGAUACGUUGCAGUUUCUUUCGAAUGGGUUCUUGAAAUCAAGCAUCCAUCGCGUUGUGGCUCCUCCUUCCGACCAGGCUCAUUUGGAUCGGCUGGGAGUUUUGUAUUUUGUGAGGCCGGGGGAUUAUGUGAAGCUUAGAGGAGCGAAGAGCGCGGUGCUGAAACGUGAAGGGAUGCUUGCUAAUGAAGAUGGUGCUGGGGAAUUGACGGCCAAGGAAUGGAUUUCGAGAAGAGUUAUUGCAAAUAUUAGUAGCAAGGAGAUUGAGGUGGAGAAGGAGGAUUUGAAUAAGGUCGGGGAUGGCUUGACACCAGUAUAUAACUGA